AUGAUAUCCCUUAAUAUAGAAGGUAUUAUAGGAUAUGAAUUGAAUGAUUCUAAAUAAUGCCAAUCUAUACAACCAUUUUGUAAUAUUGAAAAUUCUUAAGUUUAAGGAUUUGGUUGGACUAGAUGUAUGUUAUGAAAUGAAGUUUAUUUUCUUGAAGAAAAUUUUGAUUUAUCCACAAAGACUGAUUCCACAAAUAAAGAAUAUAAAUUAGCUCAGACAAAAGUUAUUAAUGGUCAUUUGACUGCUUUUGUUUUAGGAGAAGAUGGAACUAUAAUACAUUUAUGGUUGAUAAAUAAAGAUGUUGCUUAUAUUAUAAAAAGUAACUCUGUCAAUCAAUCUAAAGCUGUUGUUAAAAGGUUCUGCUUUUAUUAAAUUUGGAAGUUAAAUACUUAAAGAUCUAGAAGUAUAAGAUUGGCCAAAGAUAUAUUUAUAUAGGUCAAAUCUUAAAAUUAAUACAAGUUUUUCAAAAUCUUGGAUGUACUUUUUGAUAAUGAAGUCUAUUUCUAGCAGUAGUAACUGAUUAAAUUCUUAGGGAAAACAAAGGCAAUCUUAGAAAAUUAACUAAAAAAUAAAUUUAGUAAUUUAAAGAAAAAACAAACUAAAUUGAUCAGAUUCAUCAAUAGAGAUUAUUGAAAAAAAAAAUCCUUUGAAAUGCUAAAAGAAGAUUAAAGUUACUAAAAAGGCUCUAGAAAGAUUUAUAAAAAGAACAUUUAUAAUUAUAAGUGAUGAUGAGGGUUCAAUUAAUUAUAAUGGUAAUAAAAAAGUAUUUUUAAUUUGAAAUUUAGAACCAAACUUAAUAAUAAGUAAAUAACUAAUCAAGUUCAAGAUCUUCAUCUAUUUUAUCUUCAUCUUCUGGUAUUUUAUAAUAAUAUGAAAAGAGAGGAAAAAAAGAAAAAUAGUAAUCAGAUUUUUUAUGA